AUGAGCCGUCGCUGCCGCCUCUGCGAUGUGGACGUGACCGACGAGAUGGUCGCUGCUCACCUGACUGGAAAGAGGCACAAGAAGCUUGCCAGCACCAGGAUGAUCGUGUGUCCGCAAAGUGCCGAGCUCAUCUGGGCAGACGAGUCCUCCUGCUGGGAGUUUCGUGCAGCUGGCGCGGCAGGCGAAGCUGGCGCGGCAGAAGCCGCAGCGCCGCCGUCCUCGUCUGCCCGUCAGCGGAGAAAGGCGCCUCGGGACGCCCCGACGCUCGACGAGCUGUUGCUUCCGGCAGUCGGCGAUCCGCAGCCGCCGAGCGUGCUCUCGCGUUUGCAGCAGCUGCUCGCGCGGCUUAUCGUCGGAUUUUGGGCGUGGCUGUGCUCUCUCAGGCCCCGACCCGAGGUCAAGGAGCAGCAGCGGCGAGAGGCAGCCGCCAAGAAGGUGGCAAACAAGGUGAUCAGCAAGCGCGAGAAGGAGUCGCAGCGCGAGGCGGAGCUGCGGCGGCAGAAGCAAGAGAAGCUGGCUGUCAACAACAGGCUUGCCGAGGAGCUGGGCGUGGAGGCGGAGGGCGGCGUCGGGGAGCUGAUCGCGCGCGCCAACAACCUGCUCGAGAUCGAGGCGAGCGGGAGCCUCAAGCAGCAGGCGGAGGCGGCUCUUGCCGCCCUCUUGGGGGGGGACCCGCCACCAAGCUCGGACGCGGGCGACGGCCCCGCCGGCAAACAGCCAACCUGA